AGCGAGCCCUCAUUUAAUCUCAGCCUGCAGAGCAGACUACUCACUACCCUCUCUCCCUCCCACACGAAUAACCCACCGCCAAGAUGUCCAGCAAAAGAGCAAAGACCAAGACCACCAAAAAGCGCCCUCAACGCGCAACAUCCAAUGUAUUCGCCAUGUUUGACCAGUCCCAGAUCCAGGAGUUCAAGGAGGCGUUUAACAUGAUCGAUCAGAACCGUGACGGCUUUAUUGAUAAAGAAGAUCUGCAUGACAUGCUUGCCUCUCUUGGGAAAAACCCUACAGACGAGUAUUUAGAUGCCAUGAUGAAUGAAGCCCCCGGCCCUAUCAACUUCACCAUGUUCCUUACCAUGUUUGGUGAGAAGCUGAAUGGGACCGACCCUGAGGAUGUCAUUAGGAACGCAUUUGCAUGCUUUGAUGAAGAAGCAAUAGGUUUUAUCCAGGAGGACAAUCUGAGGGAAUUGCUGACAACAAUGGGUGACCGAUUUACAGAUGAGGACGUAGAUGAGCUUUUCAGAGAGGCCCCAAUCGACAAGAAGGGCAAUUUCAAUUACAACGAAUUCACCCGCAUCUUGAAACAUGGAGCUAAAGACAAGGAUGACUAAGCUACAAGUGCCACUGCAACAAGAACUGCACUGCUCUCUGCCAUUCUCAUGUCUGUCUUCAACUCAUUGCAUGCAUAUAGCUCUAGAUCUUUUCUUUUCUGUGUAUUUAUGGAUCUGUACCAGGCCUUUUUGGUACAUGGGCACAUACUGUAUGUAACCAAACUGGAAAACAAAAAGUGCAAUGUUAACAAGCAGUACACAGCAGGUCUUUUCUGGGGACUUAAGCUGGAUUUUUUGCAAUUUUGUAAUAAAAUUUGGAAUUUAAAUUAACUGUCAGUUGAAACUUUUGUCCGAAUGCUCUGGCAUAUCCAUGGAAUAUUACAGAUGCACUGAAACACAGUUUUUGUUGCCGUGAGCUACACACACAAUUUUUUUUUUAUAUGACUGUGUGUUUGUGUGUAUACACACAGUCAUAUGAAAAUGUUGGGAAUAUAUAACAUGCCUUAUGGAAACAGUAGUAUUUCAGCAGUGACAUAAAGUUUAUUGGAUUAACAGAAAAUAUACAAUAUGCAUCAUAACAAAAUUAGACAGGUGAAUAAAUUUGGGCACCCCAACAGAGAUAUUACAUCAAUACUUAGUUGAGCCUCCUUUUGCAAAUGUAACAGCCUCUAGACUCCUAUAGCCUUUGAUGAGUGUCUGGAUGGUGAUAUUUUUUGACCAUUCGUCCAUACAAAAUCUCUCCAGUUCAGUUAAAUUUGAUGGCUGCCGAGCAUGGACAGUCUGCUUCAAAUCAUCCCAUGGAUUUUCCAUGAUAUUUAAGUCGGGGGACUUUGACAGCCAUUCUAGAAUAUUGUACUUCUCCCUCUGCAUAAAUGCGUUUUAGGUUUUGAAGUGUGUUCAGAAUCAUUGUCUUGUUGGAAUAUCCAACCUCUGAGUAACUUCAACUUUGUGACUGAUGCUUGAACAUUAACAUUUGUUGAUACUGGGUAAAUUCAUCUGACCCUCGGCUUUAACAAGGGCCUCAAUCCCUGAACUAGCCACACAGCCCCACAGCAUGAUGGAACCUCCACCCAAUUUGACAGUAGGUAGCAGGAGUACUUUGUUCCAAAAUGAAUGUGGCUUGUCUAAAUGAGCUCUUUACAACAAGCGACUCUGUUUGUGGCAUGAUUGUAGAAAGGGCUUCUUUCUCAUCCCCUGCCAUAUGGAUGUUCUUUGUGCAAAUUGCGCUGAAUUGUAGAACUAUGUACAGAUACACCAUCUGCAGCAAUAUGUUCUUGCUGGUCUUUGGAGGUGAUCUUUGGGUUGUCUGUAACCAUUCUCACAAUCCUCAGCAUAUGCUGCUCCUGUAUUUUUCUUGGCCUGCCAGACCUGGGUUUUACAGCAACUGUGCCUGUGGCCUUCCAUUUCCUCAUUACAUUCCUUACAGUUGAAACUGACAGUUUAAACCUCUGAGAUAGCUUUUUGUAGCCUUCCCCUAAACCAUGAUACUGAACAAUCUUUGUUUUCAGAUCUUUUGAGAGUUGCUUUGAGGAUCCCAUGUUGUCAUUCUUCAGAGAAGAGUCAAACAGAAGCACAACUUGCAAUUGGCCACCUUAAAUACCUUUUCUCAUGAUUGGACACACCUGCCUUUGAAGUUCAAGUCUUAACAAACUAAUCCAACCAAUUUGGUGUUGCCAGUAAUCAGUAUUGAGCAGUUACAUGCUUUCAAAUUAGCAAAGUUACCCACAUUUUUGCACAGCCAGUUUUUCACAUUUGAUUUAAUUUCAUACAACUGAAUACUGCUUCACUAAAAAUCUUUGUUUAGAAAACACCCCAGUACUCAGAUGUUCAUGGGAAAUGAAAGACAUACCACUGUUAUCUUUUUUGUUGAAAGUGGAGUACACAUUUUCAUAUCAAUAUUGGCAUUUUUACAAAGCAAAUAAAAGGUUUUUUCCUAA